GGACUUUCACUCAUUUUAUUUAGCAUCAUAAACCUCCGUGCAACAGGAAAUUAUGCAUUCUGCAAUGGGGAGACUUUGCACUGUGCAGAGUUUAAUCUUGUUCACCAUAUCAUUUCUACAACAGAUCGAAAUGAACAUCCUGUUGAGAGCCCCACCCCUUGGCUAUGGCUGCCUUCCAAUGCAGUAAAAGCCUGCCCCCUUAUCCAGGAAAUAAAAACUCGACCAGCCUCCCUAUAGAAGCAGGAGUUCAUCUGCUCUCAGAAAGUCUCUGCAGCAACCAUGGCCACCUUCGUGGAGCUCAGUACCAAAGCCAAGAUGCCCAUCGUGGGCCUGGGCACCUGGAAGGUGACUGUCUUUUCUAGUGCCUUUCCGUCUCCACUGGGCAAAGUCAAGGAAGCUGUGAAGGCCGCCAUUGAUGCUGGGUACCGCCAUAUUGACUGCGCCUAUGCCUAUCAGAAUGAGAAUGAAGUGGGGGAGGCCAUCCAAGAGAAGAUCAAGGAGAAGGCUGUGAAGCGAGAGGACCUCUUCAUUGUCAGCAAGCUGUGGCCCACCUUCUUCGAGAAAAGUCUGGUGAAGAAAUGCUUUCAGAAAACCCUCACGGAUCUGAAGCUGGACUACCUGGACCUGUAUCUAGUUCACUGGCCACAGGGAUUCCAGGCUGGGAAUGAGAUUUUCCCCACAGAUAAAAAUGGCAAACUUCUCAUGAGUAAAUCUACAUUCUUGGAUGCCUGGGAGGCCAUGGAGGAACUGGUGGACCAGGGGCUGGUGAAAGCCCUGGGUGUCUCCAACUUCAACCACUUGCAGAUUGAGAGGCUCCUGAACAAGCCUGGACUGAAACAUAAGCCAGUGACCAAUCAGAUUGAGUGCCACCCAUAUCUCACCCAGGAGAAACUGAUCCAGUACUGUCACUCCAAGGGCAUUGGCAUCACGGCCUACAGUCCCCUGGGCUCGCCAGACAGACCUCAGUAUUUUCCAAGGCACAAGGAGAAACAUAUCAAUGGCAAUGUGCUUGACAACCCAUCUGGUUUUACCAGGUGCCAAGCCGAUGACCCUGUAGUACUGGAGAUUCCCAAGAUUAAGGAGAUUGCUGCAAAGCACAAGAAAACUGCAGCCCAGAUUCUGAUUCGGUUCCAUAUCCAAAGGAAUGUGGUGGUGAUCCCCAAGUCUGUGACACCUUCCCGCAUACGUGAGAACUUUGAGGUCUUUGACUUCCAGCUGAGUGAUGAGGAGAUGGCCACUAUUCUCAGCUUCAACAGAAACUGGAGGGCCUGUGGCAUGUUUGCCGCAAUUAACGAAGAAGACUAUCCUUUCCAUGAGGAAUACUGACGCUGAUUCACUUGAUGAGACUGCCUAGUGAAUCCUAUCUUCAUGGUGUGAGAGUCACUCCCGACGCCUGUCUUAGCCAAAGUGUGUCUACUGUCACCUUGGUCAGGUGAUGCUGAAUUCAAGCCCUUGUGUUCAACCAGGAGCAGACUGUCACAGGGAAACAAAGGACAAUGGUUUUCAUUAGCGUGUUCUGACCAAAUGUUUGUUAAAUACCAGGAAUUCUGGCAACACUGAGAAUACAAAGACAAAACAACAAAAAGUAAAUAAUACUAAGUCUUGUAGUGUGCUGUGGGACAAUGGUCUUUAUCCUGUCAUGUGUAUUAUUUUUAAUAAAACGCUGAUUGGCCAGUAGCCAGGCAGGAAGUAUAAGCUGGGCAACUAGGCAGGAAGUAGAGGAGGGACAAUGAGAGCAGGAGAAUUCUAGAGGAAAGCUCAGUCUGCAGUCAUGACCCAGAUACAGAAGAAGACAAAUGUGACUGCCUUACCAAGUAAGGUACCGAGCCAUGUGGCUAACAUAGACAAGAACAGUGGGCUAAUAAGUUAUAAGAGUUAAUAAGAAGUCUGAGCUACUAGGACAAUCAGUUUUAUAAUUAAUGUAGACCUCUGUGUGUUUCUUUGGGACUUGACUGUGGGAACUCAGUCAACAGUAGUGUGUUGUCUGUUGCUGUGAUAACCACCAGGACCGAAAGCAACUUGUAGAGGAAAGGGCUUAAUUGGCUUACAUGUUUCAGCCACACUCCAUCAUGGAAGGAAGUCAUGGCAGAAACAGAAGCAGGAACUGGGAGGCAGGAACUGAAGCAUAGACCAUGGAGGGAUACUGUUUACUGGCUCGCUCCAUGGUUUAUUCAUCUUGAUUUCUUAUAAGCUCACCACCUGCCCAGGGGUGGCAUUGCCCACAGAGGCCUGGGCCCUCCUAUGCCAAUCCAUCAUUAAUCAAGAAAAUCGUCAGCUAUCUGGUGGAGGCAAUUCUUCAACUGAGGUUCCCUCUUCCUAGGUGACUUCCGUUGGUGUCACAUUGACAGAACUAACCAGCAGUCACCAAAGUGUCCAACACAGUUUGAAGUGCUUUUUAAUGAGUGAAUUCCCUGCCUCCAAAAUCUCAUAAUUCACAUUUUACAGAAGAGGAAAUAGAGGCAUCUGGGAGCCAAAAACCUGAUGAAGGCCCCAGGUAACAGGUGGCUAAGCCAAGUUUCAAAGAAAGGUGGUCUCAGGGAGAGUUCAAGGCAAUUUGAUGACUUCCUCCUCCCGAGCCUUGUUUUGGUCUCUUCCCUCCACUUUUGCCUUUGACUUUCCACCUUGUCUGUAAUAUGCCAUCAUGCCAGAGUCGGAGAUGCUGGCAGCAGUGCCUGGGAAAUCCACCAAGGUGCCUCUGUUCACUGAGAGAGAGAGAAAGAGGGAGAGAGAGAGAGAGAGAGAGAGAGAGAGAGAAACGCUCCUUGGAGUCUGACAAACCUAACACAGCUCACAU